ACGCGACUGUUAUCCACCUGUCCAUCCGCCUCGUAGCGACCAGAGACACGCACUCAUUUCUCAGGACUACACAGAUCGGAGAAACCGAGCCCCCCCUGCCCAGCCGCGCGAGCAACUUCCUCCACUUCGAUCGAUCCAGCAAGAGAGGGGUUCCGAUGGGGCUGCAGUGGAUGCUCCUGACGUGCGUGGUGGGGGCGGAGGCGGCGGUGGCCGCGCUGCUCACGCUCCCGGCGCCGCGGGCCGUGCGGGCACAGAUCGUCGGGCUCACCUCGAUGCUUCUGCAGCCCUUCGCCGCGGUGCUUCCCUUCGCCGCCUUCCAGCUCCUCGAUAUCUACUGGAAGAACGAGCACAGGCUGAUUUGCACGGGAGAGAUGUGCACCUCCGAGGAGCGUGUCCGCUUCGAGAAAUCCAUUUUCAAGUCCCAGAGGAAUGUCAUCCUUUGUGUUUCAGUAUUUAUCCUUUAUUGGUCCAUCUAUCGCAUUUGCAAGUUCAACAAGGACAUUAAGGCACUGGAGGAGGUUGAGAAGCGCAUCAAGGACGAGUAGAAUCAUCCUAGUUUGUGAUGGAUUUUGUGGUAUUCUCGGCCUUCAGCAGAUGUAUCCAGACUUUAGGAUAUCCAAUGUAUAUUUGGUUCUCCUUUGAGCAAGUAGAAUGUAACCUGUUUCCACGCUUCGCAUCCUCCUUUCUUGGACCGGCUGUUCUAUAUGUAACUUGUGGCAGUGGCUUCUACGAAGACAUCUAAACGUUUCCAUAUUAGUCAUCCUUGAAGUUUGAACAUCUACUAGAAUGUUUUCUGGACGGACCUUUCGGUGGUCUUCUGUGUUGAAAUAGUCUGGUAUUUCUGUAGAA